AUGUAUCUUGAACAGCGAUAUAUCAGAUUACUCGAGUCUCGAAUCACUCAACUCGAACAGCGGAACGCAGUGGUUGAGACGACCAAGCCUGCCGCUGAAGAUGUAGUGCUCGCCGAGGCCAAGAAUACGGAUGGAGACUCUAGCUCUGGAAACGAUAGCAGCUACAGCUCAUCCAAGGACAAUGCCGACAAUCCUGAUUCCAAGGCUGAUGUUCCUGAGGUAGAAAAGGAGCCACGAUACGUGGUAGUUGUCAGCCGCUGGGAUCCGGACUUGGGCGACUUUACGAACAUCGAUGCGACGAAGAAAGAAGAGAAAAAAGCCAUCGGGCCCGAAAACCAGAGAGCUUUCACAUUCAAAAAACUAACACUUGCGCGAUCUCAACAGUCUGAGAGUGAGCCUUAUCACUCAGAGGCUAAAAUCGAGUCCGAGCCUCUCCAGAAGCUACUUGGAAAGAUCACUUCCAGAUGGGGUUGGUCCGAAAAAGUGACCGAAUGUAGCUCGCCUUACAGUGGACUCAUAUACGCCUGGACUGAAGCUAUGCAGGAGGUCAAGGUACAAGACGACAACGAAAGUGACGACGAAAAGCAAGCUCGCACGGAUCUUGGAGAGUUGUUGAAGAUCAUCUCAACUUCUUCUGGAUUUCUGCCCAUCGAUCGGUACUUCAAAAAUCGCGAGGCUUUCAUUAACGAAAAAACGAUCACACAUGCGGCGCUCUGGACUCUCUUCCCUCCCGGCACUGUGAUAUACGCCCAGCCUUUCCUAGGUGAACCACAGGUUUUCACAGUCUAUAGCUGCAACGGCUUCGUCACGGAAGACGAGGACUUCGACUUGGUUUGUUUUUGUUUCGACUGGAACGGGGCCGAAUUCACUCGAGUCCCUUUCAUGAUGUCGAUACCAUACUGGGGCUCCGACAAGCGGAGUAUUGUGGAGUUACCCUUCUACCCCGUAAAGUACUACACCAACCCUGGCACAAAUGGCGAUACAUCUCCUACCGAUGCAUUCGAAGCAUUGCGCGAAAGAUUGAUUGCCCGAGGCAAGAAGUUCGUCAAGUACUGCGUUUCCGUGAAAGGUAAGCAGAUGUUUAAGUAUACAGGCAAUACUCACUUCCAUACUGGUCGAAAUCUCCUUCACGCAUCCGAGGACGCAGAUGGAGAACAGAAAAGGCAAUCAGACGACUCUUCAACCGGUACUGGCGUUGGGGGUCUCAAAGCCAGUAACCAGGCGCGUUCUAUCAGCAGGAAGAAGAUUGAUGGUGGAACAACAAUGGUAGAUUUUGACUCUUUCUUCGAGUAUCUUUCACCCAGAACUCCUAUUCUUGGAAAUCUCCGCCGUUACGAAGGCGAGCUCGAAAGCCUAUCACCCGAGCGGAGAGCAAACCCAAUUUUCAAGGAGAUCUACAAGUUUCAUUGGGACAGGCUGCCUGCGGGACACUCCAUGACUCCAGACCAGUACCUUCACUGUCCGCCCAGGGUCCUGGGUUACGCGCUGAAACAGAAGAAAUGGGCUCAACUACUUGUAGACGGACUCCGUUCACCAGAUGCAGCGGAUGCAACUGUAUUUGAGGAGAAGCUACAGCUCGAUGAGGAAGCCAAAAAUCUUGUCAAGUGGUCUGUACAAGCCCACGAAGAAGGCAAGAAGUUGAUUGACGGAAAACCUGGCGAAUCGAGGGGUCUGCAAGACUUUGCGCCAGACAAGGGCAAAGGACUCGUCAUCAUGCUCUAUGGGUUUCCGGGAGUGGGAAAGACACUCACCGCAGAAAGUGUAGCUUUGAUGGCAGGCAAACCACUACUUUCCGUUGGAGUUUCUGAUAUCGGUAUUGAAGGCGACAAGGUCGAAGCCAACUUACAGAAGGUCUUUGAUCUUGCAGGAAAGUGGGAGGCUGUGCUACUCUUCGAUGAGGCAGACGUCUUCCUCGAAGCACGAGGCGACGGCGAGAACGACCUUCAGCGUAACGCCAUGGUUUCAGAUAUUGCUAUCAAAUAUGACGAGCUCGACUCAGACCAACAAUUCGCGAUCUUUGAGUCGUUCCUGGACCAGCUCAGGCGCAAGAAGCUUGUGGAAGACUACGAAGACUUGAUCUCAUGGGCUAAGAAAGAUGGCAAAAAGCUAGCUCUAAAUGGCCGGCAGAUCAGAAACAUAGUUUCUACGGCAAUGAACAUCGCACUUGUGGAUAACAAGAGCGGUAUGGGGAAGUUGAAACGUGAGCAUCUUUCCAGGGUUGCCAAACAAACGAAAGACUUCAAGCAAGAGCUCAGGACUCAAGAGGACAUCUACAGGGCGAAGACCAAAUAG